AUGGCUCGUGCGAUUUGCGACCUGCAAGCAAGGGCUCGCUGGGCAGUUACUGGCACUCCCAUUCAAAACCGCCUGAACGAUCUUUCGAGUCUGCUGAAAUUCAUCCGGGCUCACCCCUACCAUGAUUCAAAACAGUUCAAAGCCGACAUAUCCUCACCGUGCAAACUUGGCGAAGAGGCGAUCAGUCGUCUCAAAUACCUGUCGGCGUCUCUUGUUCUCCGGCGGCCGAAAACCACCAUAUCACUCCCACCACGGCAGGACAGACAAUAUCCUAUCGACUUCAGCCCCGAGGAGAGAAAGAUGUACGAAGAGGUCCGGAGCAAAGCGAUCAUCACAAUCGAAGAGGCUCUACAGCCUAGGCCAGACACAUCGUCAGGGGUGGUUUCUUACGUCAACGUAUUGCAACAAAUUGAGUCGUUGAGGCUUAUCUGCAACCUCGGGCUGAGCUACCGCCCAGGCCACGGCGGUACCGCUCAGAUACCCAAGGACGAUUGGAUAUCUAUGGCACAACGAACUUUCAACACUCGACGAGAGCUUGACCCUAUAAGCUGCCUACAUUGCUCGUCAGAUAUUGGAUUGGCAGAGUCUCUGCUUGACCCAUCCGAUAGCAAACGAGAAGGGCAGUUUUUCCGUUGUCUGAAGUUCUGCUGUGGCGAGUGUGUCGAGAAAGCGCACCGGUUAAGGCAGGAGGUUGGGUGUGGACACAGACCUCCUUGCCUUGGAACUACUGUCUCUCUGGUGGGCAAGGCGAUGGAGGAGGCCGGGUCCCUAGAGCCUGCGAGACUGCAGGGAGACUUCAAAUUGCCCUCAAAGAUUCAGGCUCUGGUGAAGGAUAUCAAAGCUCUUCCAAUGGCAACUAAAUGUGUUGUAUUUUCGACUUGGAGACUAACUCUAGACCUUGUGGAAGCUGGGCUGGGUCAGCACUCCAUAGGCAAUGUUCGCUUCGACGGGAAAGUGCCUCAGAAAGAGCGACAGAGUGUGGUUAACCGAUUUAAGACUGAUCCAAACGCUCGAGUCAUGCUCCUCACGCUAUCUUGUGGGGCUGUAGGGCUCACCCUGACAGAAGCAUCAAGGGCAUAUCUCAUCGAGCCCCAUUGGAAUCCUACGCUUGAGGAGCAGGCACUUGCCAGGAUCCAUCGUAUCGGGCAGACGCAGGAGGUGACUAUGAUUCGUUUCUAUGUCAGGGAUUCAUUCGAAGAGUGA